GUUCGUCCCUUCCCCAAGAUGGCAACAGCCGGAGACGAGUUGCUGCUGCCGCGGCUCCCCAAGCUGUUCGAAACCAGCAAGCAGCUUCUGGACGAAGUGGAAGUCGCGACUGAACCCACCGGCUCCCGGAUUAUCCAAGAUAAGGUGUUCAAGGGACUGGACCUCCUGAAGAAGGCUGCCGAAAUGUUACUGGAGCUCGACUUGUUCAGCCGAAAUGAAGAUUUGGAAGAGAUUGCUUCCACCGAUCUGAAGUACCUGAUGGUGCCAGCAUUUCAAGGAGCAUUCGCCAUGAAACAAGUCAACCCCAGCAAGCGUCUAGAUCAUUUGCAGUGGGCUCGAGAACACUUUUUAAACUACUUAACUCAGUGCCGAUACUAUCAUGUGGCAGAGUUUGAGCUGCCCAAAACCAAGGCCAACUCUGCUGAAAAUAACACUGCUGAUUCCUCCAUGGCCUAUCCUAGCCUCGUUGCUAUGGCAUCUCAGAGACAGGCUAAAAUAGAGAGAUACAAGCAGAAGAAGGAGGUGGAGCAUAGGUUGUCUGCACUGAAAUCUGCUGUGGAAAGUGGUCAAGCAGAUGAUGAGUGUGUUCGUGAAUAUUACCUCCUUCACCUUCGAAGGUGGAUUGGUAUCAGCUUAGAAGAGAUUGAGAGCAUUGACCAGGAGAUAAAGAUCUUGAGAGGAAAAGACUCUUCAAAAGAGGCAUCAACUUCUCACUCAUCUCGUCAGGACAGGCCUCCAAUGAAACCGUUUGUUCUCACUCGGAACAUGGCCCAAGCCAAAGUAUUUGGAGCUGGUUAUCCAAGUCUGGCAUCUAUGACAGUGAAUGACUGGUAUGAACAGCAUCGGAAAUUUGGAGCAUUACCUGAUCAGGGUAUAGCCAAGAAAACAUCAGAGUUCAAAACAGCAGCUCAGCAACAAGAUCAGGAACAGGAGGAAGAGGAUGAUGAACAGGCAGUCCACAGAGCUCGGGAGUGGGAUGACUGGAAGGACACCCAUCCUAGGGGCUAUGGCAACCGACAGAACAUGGGUUAGUCUCCCCACAACAAGACAGGACUACAGGGGCUUCUGUCUUCCCCACCAAGGAAAGCUGUGCAGUCUUCCCCUCCCUGGGCUCCUGCUUCAGCCGUGUACAACGAAGGCAGAGAUGCUUAAUUAAUCAUGCUUUGCGUUCAUUAAAAUGUCAAUUAAGUGUGUAUUUGUACCCUACAUGAUGAGCCAACAAUCUUGUCUUGGAAUUAUAAUCCUAUCAUGGUAUAUUCCACUUUUCUUAAGUGGAAAUAAAAGAGUAC